AUGCCUUUCUUUUCUCUGCUGGCUUUACACCAUGAUGUUCAACCGUUGCCCUUGGACUAUUGCCGAAAAGUGAAAUUGGCGAAAGUCCACCCACCGAAGGUCCCUCUCUUCAUUGUUAUGGGCUAUGAAGAAUUAGUCCUGUUUGCUGACCAAGAUUUGAAUUUAAAAGUGAAUUACGACACAGUAACGUGGACCAAGAUCCUGGACGCGCUUGAAAAUGCAGGAAAUCCAUUUCCGGACACUAAUAUUGCUGCAGUUAUUUCGGAUGCUCUGGAAUUGUGUCUUCUGGGCUUAGUUGACCCUGAUGUUUGUGACAGGAUCCCGAACACACUGGGGAACCAGACAAGUUUAUUCGUUUGGAUUUCAGCUGCUAGAAAUCUACACAAGGCGAUCGCAAGAGCUGCAGAUGAAGCAGCUGAAUUGAAUCGAAUCAAGGAAAUCGUGAACAGAGCUGAAUUCGACACCAGCAUGAGAACCAGAAAAGAAUCAAUGCCUGAUGAUCAACACAAGAAGCUCUUGAACCUUCUGAGAGACUUCAAACAUCACCUGGAAGGAUCAAAUGCAGCCAAUACUUUCAUCUCGUUGGAUGAAGAGCUCCGAAACAAACGCUUGCAACAACAGCAGAAGGACAUGAUCAGACAAAUUUCUCAUGAUGAGCACUCAUAAAAACCUUUGGAAUUGAUGCAUUUCAACAGUAAAUGUUUUAAUGUUAUGCAC